AUGAAGCUUCUCAGCCGCAUCGGGGCGACCACCCUCGCGGCGUCGCUGUGCCUGCAGCAAUGCGUCGCGCAAAUGACGGCGGGAAACUACACGGACCCUGCGACGGGCAUCAAGCUGAAGACGUGGACUGCGACCGACGGGGGCGCCUUCACCUUCGGCCUGGCCCUACCGUCUGACGCCCUGACCAAGGAUGCCACCGAGUACAUCGGUCUCCUGCGCUGCGAAAUCGCCAACGCCACGUCGCCUGGGUGGUGCGGCAUCUCGCACGGCCAGUCGGGCCAGAUGACGCAGGCGCUCCUGCUCGUCGCAUGGCAGUACAACGGGACCGUUUACACGUCGUUCCGCUACGCGACCGGCUACACGCUGCCGGGGCUGUACACGGGCAACGCCAAGCUGACGCAGAUCUCGACCAACAUCACGGCCACCAGCUACGAGCUGCUCUACCGGUGCCAGAACUGCUUCUCCUGGGACCAGGACGGAACGAGCGGCAAUGUGUCGACCAGCUCCGGCAGCCUCGUCCUCGGCCACGCGGCGGCCAAGCAGGGCCUGGAGAACCCCACGUGCCCGGACAAGGCCACCUUCGGCUUCCAUGACAACGGUUACGGCCAGUGGGGCGCGCCGCUCGACGGUGCUGCCCAGGCGUCGUAUUCGACCUGGACCGCGCUGGCGACCAAGACGCCUCCCAACACCUGUGAUGGCUCUGGAAACACGCAAGCGCAGUGCAAGCCCGCUCCCUCCGCGACCUAUGACUACAUCGUGGUUGGCGCCGGCGCGGGCGGCAUCCCCGUCGCGGACAAGCUCAGCCAGGCCGGACACAAGGUGCUGCUCAUCGAGAAGGGACCCCCCUCGACCGGCCAGUGGAACGGAACCAUGGGGCCCGACUGGCUCAAGGGCACCGGCCUCACCCGCUUCGACGUGCCGGGUCUGUGCAACGAGAUUUGGGUGAACUCGGCCGGCGUGGCGUGCACGGACACUGACCAGAUGGCGGGCUGCGUCCUGGGCGGCGGAACUGCCGUCAACGCCGGUCUGUGGUGGAAGCCGAACCCGCUCGACUGGGACGAGAACUUCCCCGACGGCUGGAAGUCGACGGACCUCGCCGACGCAACGUCGCGCGUCUUCAGCCGUAUCCCGGGCACGUGGCACCCGUCUAUGGACGGCAAGCUCUACCGGCAGGAGGGCUUCGAUGUGCUGUCGGGCGGGCUCAGCAAGUCCGGCUGGAAGUCGGUCGUGCCCAACGACGCGCCGACCGAGAAGAACCACACGUUCGGCCACUCGACCUUCAUGUUCUCGGGCGGCGAGCGCGGCGGCCCGCUGGCCACCUACCUGGCCACGGCCUACGCGCGCCCCAACUUCAGCCUGUGGACGGGUACUGCGGUCAGGCGGGCUGUUCGCAACGGCAGCGAGGUCACCGGCGUCGAGCUCGAGUGCCUGACCGACGGCGGCUACAACGGGACGGUCAAGCUGAAUCCCAAGGGCGGCGUCAUCUUCUCGGCCGGCACUUUUGGCUCGGCCAAGCUGCUCUUCCGCAGCGGUAUCGGACCCAGCGACCAGCUCGAGGUGAUUGCGAGCUCCAAGGACGGCGCAACCUUCAGCCCCAAGAGCGACUGGAUCAACCUGCCGGUGGGCUACAACCUGAUGGACCACCUCAACACCGACCUCAUCAUCACGCACCCGGAUGUCGUGUUCUACGACUUCUACCAGGCUUGGGACAGCCCCAUCCCCGCCGACGAGAACUCGUAUCUCAAGAACAGGACCGGCAUCCUCGCGCAGGCCGCGCCCAACAUUGGCCCGAUGAUGUGGGACCAGGUCACCCCGUCCGACGGCAUCGUCCGGCAGUUGCAGUGGACGUGCCGCGUCGAGGGCGAUUCGCACUACACCAACUCGACCCACGCCAUGACUCUGAGCCAGUACCUCGGCCGCGGCGUCGUCUCGCGCGGCCGCAUGACCAUCAGCCCGGGGCUGGCCACCGUCGUCAGCACGGCCCCCUACCUGCACAACGACGGCGACCUGGAGGCCGUCAUCCAGGGCAUCAAGAACGUGCAGAACGCGCUCAACAUCAUCCCCAACCUCACCUGGGUCCUGCCGCCGCCCAACGGGACGGUCGAGGACUACGUCAACGGCCUCCUCGUGACCCCCUCGGCGCGGCGCUCCAACCACUGGAUGGGCACGGCCAAGAUCGGCACCGACGACGGCCGCCAGGCCAACGGCUCGGCCGUGGUCGACCUCAACACCAGGGUGUACGGCACCGACAACCUGUUCGUCGUCGACGCGUCCAUCUUCCCCGGCAUGCCGACCGGCAACCCGUCCGCCAUGAUCGUCAUCGCCGCCGAGCAGGCGGCCACCAAGAUCUUGGCUUUGAGGUCCUGA